AUGGAAUCCCCUGCUACAAACCCAGAGAUGAUCCAUGUUGUCUGCAAGGCCGACAACCGCCAACACGCUGUGGUGAAAAUUCCUCCAUCUCUAGACCACAACCUGCCUUCCUUGUCGCUCCGUGCGCGACCUAUCCUUCUAGGAUUGACUUCCAACAACCUUAGUUACGCACGUGGAGGAGAUCUACUGCAUUGGUGGAAAACAUACCCAGUCCCACCCACCGCUCCGGCCCCAUACAAUGAUCAGUCCUCCUGGGGCAUUGUCCCAGCAUGGGGAUAUGCCACUGUCACUGAGAGCAAUGUCCCUGGAAUCACCCCAGAAUCCCUUAUCUGGGGAUACUGGCCUACCUCCACAUUGCCUACUCUCCUGCGCUUGGAACGCAGUGAUCCUGAAGGCCACUGGGUGGAAGUUAGCAGCCACAGACAACAGCUGAUGCCUAUAUACAAUCGCUAUGAAUGGGUACUCCCUAAUGAAGAAGAAGAAGAGCUAGAUAAGAGGGCAUGGAGUACAGUUUUCCAAGGGGUCUGGGUCGCUGGAUAUCUGCUUAGUGAGUAUGUGUUUUCUCCUAACCCGCGCGCACAAGAACCAGUUCAUCCGCUUGGAGCAGCGAGUAAACUCCCCUGGUCUGCGGAUGAUGCAGAUCUCUCAUCUGCUGUUAUAGUGGUUCUAGGUGCAUCAACCAAGGUUGCACGGUCAUUUUCAUGGUGUCUUUUCAACCGGGCCAGGGAAAGUGGACCCCUGGGUUUGGUACAGGUUACUUCGUCUUCGUCACCUAGUGUGUUGCAGGAGGUCGCAGAUAGAAAAGGCUGGGGGUGUGUGUCUAAGAUAUUAGCAUAUACAGAAAUUAACCAAGCAACUGAGUGGAUUGAGGGUCUACAGCCAUCAAAGGUGGUGAUUAUAGACUGCGGGGCGCGGGACAAUGUCCUGAGUCAGAUAUGCCAGAAUAUUCAAGAGUCGGCGCUUCAGUCAUGCAAAACUGUCAUUCUGCAGGUGGGCAGUCAGCAGAAGGUGUACACAGCAGAUGAAGUCCAGGCUGCUCGUGCAGCUAUGCAAUUACUUGGAAAGAUCCAGUACAAUACCUCUGGCAUCCAGGAUACAGUCAUCAACCGGGAGGGAGCUGCAACGUAUUUUGGAAAGGUCUCGCACAGGUGGAAGGAAUGGUUAGCACACCGUGCCUCCGCCAUCCCUGACAUGCGUUUAGUCUUCGGACAGGGCAUUGCUGGAGAGAAUGGAAUCUACGGGGGAUGGGAAAAACUUUCCAAUGGUGCAGUGCGCCCUGAAGAGGGAUUGGUUUAUGCCCUUUAG